AUGUCGAGUGGUUACGGUUCUCACGGAACGGAAGGAAGAUGCUACAAGUUUUGGAUGAACUUUGAGAGUUGUAUGAUGGAGACGGACAAUCCCUACAAGUGCGAUCUCCUGAAGGAAGACUACAUUGAGUGCCUCCACCACCGCAAAGAAAAAGAUCGUUCGAAUAUGGUAGAAGUGGAAACACAGAGACAGGCGAAGAUCCAAGCGAAAAAGGAGAAAGAAGAGUUCAAAGCUGAGGCUUCUCGAAAACACUAAAGCAAUAGAACUAUUUUUAUGACAGUAUAAUUUGUA